UUAUCUUUUCCUUUCCAAAAGAAAACUACACUCAGGUCAUAGCAAAUUAGCAACCACAACUAUAUUCUAUUGUAUACUCACUCUCUCUCUCUCUUCACUUUCUCUCUCUUCACAAGUCUCACACACAUACACAUCCAUGGAUGACAACAGAAACCCAGAAGAAAAACAGGUUGUUGCAAUCAAUACACAAUCACCCAAUAAAGAAGACCUUCAAAAGAAGCAGCAAAAUCAACAGUUAGCACCCAAAAGAAGCUCAAACAAAGACAGACAUACAAAAGUAGAUGGAAGAAGCAGAAGAAUUAGAAUGCCUGCACUUUGUGCAGCAAGGGUUUUUCAAUUAACAAGAGAAUUAGGUCAUAAAACCGAUGGCGAAACAAUUCAAUGGCUUCUUCAACAAGCCGAACCUGCAAUUAUUGCUGCUACUGGUACUGGUACUAUUCCUGCUUCUUUUCUUACUGCUUCUGCUUCUGGUGCUACCCAACAGGGUUCAUCUGUUUCUUUAGGUUUACAUUCUAAAAUUAACGAAUUACGAGCCGGGAUUGAGGUGGGAAAUCGGCCUAAUUGGGCUAAUUUUGGGGAUAAUUUAGGAAGAUCUCAAGUGGGUGCUUCAAUUUGGCCUUCAAUUGGAAGUGGCUAUGCUCAAGUUUUUGAUAAUUGUUCUGGUACUAACUCCAAUUUAGUGAGUCAAUCAUCGAGUUAUGUCACUAAUUUUCAACUUCAAGGAGUUGGAUUACCUACUGGUAACAUGGGUCUUCUGAGUUUUACUCCGAUUUUGACUCGGGGAACUCAGAUUCCUGGUCUUCAACUCGGUCUUUCUCAAGAUGGUGUUAUUGGACAACUUUAUCAACAACAACAGCAACAACAAGGCCAUGAACACACUGAUUCUGGUGCUGCUGCUGCUGUUAGUGCUGAAACUGUUCAUCAACAGCAGCAGCACUUACAAUCUCAUUCUAAUGACAAUUCAAGAGAGCAAUGAAUAUUGCUUUUAUUUCUUCUGUGGAUUACUGUUUUUGUUGGGAUUUUUUUUAUUUUGUAAUAUUAUUUCUUUUUUGUUUAUAGUUUUAUAUGUAAGUAUGUUGAGAAUUGUGGAAAUAGGGGAUUGUUUCAGGAAUGUUUUUAUAUCUGAUUAAGCUAAGAACUUCAUUUUCUGAAAAAAAAUAGGAAAAAAAGAUGGUUGGUUUUAAUUCAUGUACUGAUUUUUGAUUGUACAGAUCAUCUGACUAAACUUUAAAACUAUAGCUACUGAUUUUUCUGAUCUCAUAGUUCUUAAUUUAGAAUGUUUAGUGAUCCAAGUUCAUGCUUUUAGAACUAUGUUUUUAACCCAUGUUUGAUAUCUUAUGGUGAAGAGCAGGGGAUUCUAGGUUUGAGUCUUGCGUAGGCCAUUAAAACACUUUUAGUAUUGGAUUGUUCAACUUAUUAUAAUAAGAAGAAUGAUAGCCGAGUUGAUCAAGCCACGCAUGAGGGUUUGGCUCGUCUUAUCAUAGUGCAAAAAUUGCAGUCCCAAUCGCUGUAACAGGAUGGUGAUGAGGUAAUGAGAGUGAUGUGACUUGUCAUAAUGCCAAAUAUCGGAUGAAAGUGUGAGAUAUCUCUGAAUAUGACCCAAAUUGCCGGUUUUUUUUGUACGUGUACAAUGCGUUUGAUGUUUUCUAUGCAUUUUAUACUAGUAUCCUGGACUCGAGCGCAAACAAAAUUGCACUGACUUGAUAUUUUCUUUGAUUGCUUGAAGCCUAUGUUAUUUAGCCUCGGGUACGGAAGUUGAAUACUGGUACAUUUUCAAGUGUCGGAUACGUCUAAAUAUUCAAUUUUAUGCCUAAAAUGAAGUGUCUAAGUGCCAUACCAACGUUCAAGGAUCAAGGAUUGGACACGGAUACGUGAAGUAGAAUAAAGAGUCCGAGUAAUAUAGCUUGAAGCUGUGAAGAUUUGAAUUGGUCAACAUUUAAAAGUAUUAGAGCAAUGUUCCAUAUCAUAGAAAACAUUCCUCAAGGGUAAUUAUUGACAAUGAUACUUCUCUUAGUGUGCCACUAUAAUACAGUUUUUCAUGUAAUGGACAAGGGCAGAAAUAGACUCGAUGACUUUGACACAACUUCAAAAUGGGUUUAAAAUCAUGGAAAUCCCAAUGUGGAUUCAAGACCCGAUUUGAACCGACCCGAACAACUUGAUUGGAAUGGCGCCACAUGAGGAUUACACCAUGAGUCUGGUAGCACACCAUGGAUGUGGACUAGUAAGCAUCUUACCUUCGACAAAGCUAUGCGCUAAUUGCUAAGGAAAGUGAGGAAAUUCAAAACGUGGAAGGCGGGAUUGGUUUACAGGUCCGUUGAUGGUUAUGGAGUAUGUAUUGUUAUGGAGCGGUAACAGAUUGAGAAGAUUGGUAUUUAUACAUGAUCAUUGGUGUACUAGAAGUAUUAGAAUUUGGUUAAUUACAUGUUAACAAGGGGAUAGAUAUGGAUCUCGGAUCAUUCAAAAUGCUAUAUUUUAAACAUAAAAUUACCGCCUUACCAUCA